ACGUCAGGCAGCGGACGGGUGGAACAAGUGUGGUUGCACCGACACCGGUACAUAGGCGCGGGCCGGCGUGUCCUUGGGCUAGAGAGCGGGACGUCGGUCUUCGGGACAUAACGUUUCUUGUGUCGACCAGCCCGGAGCGAAUUAGAAAAUGGGUGAUGUUGAGAAAGGCAAGAAGAUUUUUGUUCAGAAGUGUGCCCAGUGCCACACUGUGGAAAAGGGAGGCAAGCAUAAGACUGGACCCAAUCUCCAUGGUCUUUUUGGGCGGAAGACAGGUCAGGCCGCUGGAUUCUCCUACACAGAUGCCAACAAGAACAAAGGUAUCACCUGGGGAGAGGAUACCCUGAUGGAGUAUUUGGAGAAUCCCAAAAAGUACAUCCCUGGAACAAAAAUGAUCUUCGCUGGAAUUAAGAAGAAGGGAGAAAGGGCAGACCUAAUAGCUUAUCUUAAAAAGGCUACCAAUGAGUAAUUCCACUGCCUUAUUUAUUACAAAACAAAUGUCUCAUGGCUUUUAAUUGUACCAUAAUUUAAUUCGUACAUCAAAAUUCAGAUCAUGAAUGGCUGACAAUAUUUUUGUUGGACAGUCCCAAUUUAAGUAAAACUGACUUGUAGUAAAAUGGAUAUGACCUUUUUUCAAAAUAACAAUCCAGUUGCAAAUAGACUAUCACUGCUCUCCCUUUCUCAAGAUAAGAUUGGACUUAAGUAGUAAUGUUCUACUUUCCACAAAGGUGGGGGUGUCACCUCAAACCUAUUAAAUGGUUUUGUACUUAGAUUUAUAUAAAUGGGCAUAUGAAUGUGUUUAAACACUGGGAAAACUCUGUCAUUGUCUCAGAAAUAAGACUCCCCUGUGUCUCAAUUUGUGCUCACUGGUCUGUUACAGGCAGUGGCUAAACGUCAGUAAGCAACUGUCUUUCUUGAUGAUGCUGUUUUAUUUAAAUUCCCUAUGUCAAGGAUGCUGCCCUAUUACCACGGAAAGACACUGAGUUUGCGUAAGAUAUCAAAUAAAGAGUAUUUAAUACUUUA